AUGUAUUGGUGGUGGUACCUCUGGGCAAUCUUGGCAUCGGUAAUGGCCUUGCCGCUAGCCGUUGGCAGCUCCUCCUCCUCCACGGGUUGGUGGGGUUGGCAUGGCGGUGCCAUAAUUCCCGUAAACCAAACACUGGACUUUCGUCUCGUCGGGAACGAAACAGUCCUACACCAGGGAUGGCGGGUCGUUACCAAUCGCCAAAUCCGAAUGCCUUCCGGUCGCUUGGUGGAUUUUGAAGUCGUCGGCCAGCGCGGUACGGACCAAGCAGUGUUGGUCCUGGCCUGGCAUCGGGCGACGCAAACAGUCACUCUGGUACGCGAGUACACACCGUCGGUCCAACAAUUCAUGUUGGGCUUGCCAGCCGGGAUGGUGGAAGACCAGAAACACGAUGCGUCGGAUGCCUGGACCGCCGCACGGGCCGAAUUGCUCGAGGAAGCUCGCCUCGAAGGAGGAAUCUGGCAUCAACUGGGGGAGCGACCGACCGUCAUGGACAAGUACAGUACUACCGGUUUUACAGUCUUUUUGUGCAUUGAUCCCAUCGCGGUUGCGGCCGACCGGGCACCGCCUCGGGAUGCAGGCGAGGAAGGCUUGGAAAUCAUUACCGGCGUUACCGUGGCAGAGUUAAGGACCUAUAUCCACGACGGCAAUCUGACGGUCGUCGGAGGAUGGGCCGUACAACGGGCUCUCCAUAAAUUGAAAGAAUUGGGAGAAAUUGAAUGA